AUGCCAGAUUUUUACCGAGUCUGUGGAUCCUCCGACCAUUGUCGUGCAGACUGCCCUGAUCGUCUGAGCUGGUUGAAAUGCUACAACUGCAAUCAAAAAGGACAUGAAUGGAAGCACUGCCCUCGCAAUAAUGAUGCCAAAGGUACCGAAGCUCCCAGCAAAGCUCGAGCUGUUCCUGAAGCUGCCAAGAAGACGAGUCGUGAAAUUCCUCUAAAGGUUAACAACUCGACUACCUCUCCCAUGAUUGUGGGUAAUCCUACACAAUCUCCUGUCGUUGUUCAGGGAAAUUCUGGCUCUCGUCCUGAAGACUUAGGCUCUCCAGCUCCUCCCGAGGAUGCUGAUAUGGACGAAGCCAAUCCUCCUCCUCACCAACAAUUGUCAAUUGACAACCACGUCGGACAAGCUGCACCGAUUAAUGAAGCUGGAUCAACCUCCACCAAACAGUAUAAGAAUCGCUCACAAUCACCGAAGCCACAGGAUCACAUGAAAAUAGCUAAAACCAAUGACUCUAGCGAUGUCACUGCCCGUCGCAACCAACAUAGUCAAGGUCAACCAACUAAUACUGACAAUAUGCAGAGUAUUAAUAUAUCGGGAAGAAAUGAAGGUGAUCUUCACCAUGCUGAAUCUAAUGACAGCAAUAUUCUUCAGGAUGGUAUCGAUGGUGGUUGCUUCAUCCUAGCAAAUAUCAGACUUACUGCAACACCGGAGGAUGACUUAACAACAGGUCCCAUCGUAGUUACAGUUUUAAACAUCUACGGACGAGCUGGAGCCCAUCCCCAGCGCUCAGCAUUUUUCUCUGAAUUGCUCAGUAUUCCCAUCGUCUCAACCACUCUCAACAACGCCUAUCGCUCUCCUACUUUAGUCAUGGGCGAUGUCAACUAUUCCUUUGACACGCACCGACUAGCAGAUGGAUCCUUAGCAAGUGCUCCUACUUCAUGGACUUCACUUCUCAAUGACCAUUACGUCGAUUGCUUCAAGGAUCAAAAACAACCCGCCUGGUCCGUCAACUCCAGCUCAUCUACUAUUGACUAUAUAUUCUGUGACACAAUUUCGCAUCAUAGAGUGAAUGAUGUUGAACAGGUCUUUAUCAGCAGUACGUGGACAGAUCAUGACCUCCUAGGCAUAACUUUCCAAUAUGAUAAUCCUAACCGCCGAGGUCCCGGUGUAUGGAAAGCAAACCCUCUUUUUGCUCAGAGUAAGCAGUUUCGAUCAGAAUUAGCUCAACAUUUACAAUCUAGACAAUCUGACCUUGCUUCUAUUCAAUCCUCCUCAACGCCUCAACAAACAUGGGAUUGGGUCAAAGGGGAUGUCAAAACUUUUAUCAAAUCCUACCAACUCGCCGAUAACAACUGGAGGGCAAAGGAAUUGAAGAGACUACAAAAGAAACGAAAUAUGAUGCUUAGACAGUCCAGAAACCGAGGCCUCUAUUUUCAAGUUUUGGAGACAAUCAACAUUCAGAUUGGAGCCUUGCAGGAAUCAGUAGCCGAAGUACAAGCUUUGAAGGCGGGGAAGAAUUGGCAGGCCCAGAGGAGUAUUAAUGCUCUGCUUGAUCCUAACACCAACACUGUCCAUACCGAUCAACCCAAUAAGCUCAGAAUUGCCCAGGAAUUUUACACAUCUCUAUUCACCCCAGAUGUGGUAGAACCUACAGUUAUUCAAGAAUUGUUGUCGUCCGUCCCUGCCGAACUACGCCUAGAUACUACUGACCAAUCUCUGUUGACAUCUACGGUUGCCUUUGAGGACAUCCUGGAGGUUUUGAAGGAAUCCCCUCGGAAAUCAAGUCCUGGAGCAGAUGGCUUACCAUUUGAAAUCUUGAAUCUUGUGGUCCGCUUUCCACCACUCAGAGAAAUACUCACCCAGGUUUUCAAUGAUGCGUUGGAACAAGCUCUCUUUCCGGAUUCAUGGAACGUUUCUGUUAUGACCUUGCUGAAAAAGAAGGGCGAUUCAAAGAACAUGGGAAAUUAUCGUCCACUUAGUUUGGCCAACUGCGAUUACAAAUGUUUUACCAAAAUUCUCAACCAACGCAUGAUGAUUGUAUCACCCAAAUUGAUCAACUCAAACCAAAUUGGCUUCAUCCCUGGCAAAUACAUAGCUGAAAAUGGUCUUCGCUGUCAAGUACUGAUGGAGGAUGCUGAAUUGAAAUGGAAGCUCGCCAACCAGCAGGGUACAACUUCUACUAUCCAUCGAGACAUUGGGCUGCUCCUUGACCAAGAAAAAGCUUAUGACCGUGUUAAUCUGUCUUACUUUCGGGCUGUCUUGAAUCGCUUUGGAUUUCCAGCGAGUAUUGUUAAUUGUCUCUACAAUCUCAUGGCACACAAACCAAAUCAAGAUCAACAUCAAUGGAUACUUUACUGA